UGUCAGCUAGGGCAUAUUUUAUACUGUCGAUAUCACUAUUAUUUCUUUCAUUUGUGACAACAUCAUGUCUUUAAGUCUACAGUCAGAAGAUUUACAAGAAUUCCUGAAGAUUCCUGAAUUCUACGCUUCAGAAUACAACAAACCAGAAUUUCAUGAUCGCAUUCUUGUGUUUGAUGUCGUGGCAGACAGUUUGGAAAAUAAAACAUUGCUUGCAAAGAAGUCAAUCAAUGAAGAGAAAACAGGUGAAAAUUCAUUGACUGUCAAGAAUCCAGAUGAUCAAGAAAAUAUUAUCGAAGAUGAUGUAAAACCUAAAGACGAAAAUAUUGAAAGUGAAACAGGAAAUACUUCCGCCCAAAGUGAAAGCACUUUGACAGAUAACAAGGAAACGCAAUUUGGCAUAGGAGAUUUACAGUCUAGCUUAAAGGAUGAAAUAAAUGAUUCAAUCAUCAUUCGACAACAUAAGAUUUUUGUGCACAGCUCGUGGCUAGCUGUACAAAGCAACUAUUUCCGCUCACUUUUCCUGUCAGACUUUAAACAAUCCAAAUCUAGAGAAGUUCAUCUGAUGGUCAGUGAAUCAGAGGAAACGUCUCAUUUGUUGAUGCUGAAAGCUGUUUACAACUCUGACAUAUUAAAUGAAGCCAGUGUAGAAGACCUUCUGGCCGUGAUGGAGCUUGCUGACAAGUACGACUUGCGCUUUCUUUUCAGGAAAUGUAAAUACGUUCUCAAAACCCACGUGACAAUUAGAAGCAAAUAUUGUGUUAACAGUGGAUACUACAUUCGGCAAAUUUCCGCUCACUUUUCCUGUCAGGUAGUUGUUACUUACGUGUCAUGUCAUUUGUACAAUUAGAUGCAAAUAUUGUGUUAACAGUGGAUACUACAUUCGGCAAAUUUCCGCUCACUUUUCCUGUCAGGUAGUUGUUACUUACGUGUCAUGUCAUUUGUACAAUUAGAUGCAAAUAUUGUGUUAACAGUGGAUACUACAUUCGGCAAAUUUCCGCUCACUUUUCCUGUCAGGUAGUUGUUACUUACGUGUCAUGUCAUUUGUACAAUUAGAUGCAAAUAUUGUGUUAACAGUGGAUACUACAUUCGGCAAAUUUCCGCUCACUUUUCCUGUCAGGUAGUUGUUACUUACGUGUCAUGUCAUUUGUACAAUUAGAUGCAAAUAUUGUGUUAACAGUGGAUACUACAUUCGGCAAAUUUCCGCUCACU